CCUCGGGUCGGGCUGUCUUCGGCUCCCUUUCCAGUCACGAGACUUCUGCCGAUGUAAAGGAUUCGUUGCUCGAGUUGCAUCUCUCUUCGUCGCCAGAUAAAAACUCGUGGUUCUUAUAGGCCGUUCGAUAAAACUAAAUGUAUGUGAUUUUUCCUAACAAUCUCCCAAGAUAACCGUUUCAAAAUCUGCGAAACUAAAACAUAUCGUUGCACAGUUUAGACCUUAUCAAAGAACAAUGAAGAGGACGACUUGGGUAGUCGUUUUCCUAACGUCCUUGCUUGGUGGUGCAGCAGCCGACAACCAGACUGUGUCAACAACGGGGAAACCUCAACAUCGCCUGAAUGGUUCCCGUAAUGGCAAGCAACUUGGAGAGGUGAAUGGUCUCUGUGACUUCGGGAUCGCAAAUGACGUGACGUGGUGCCAGUGGCAGUCACCCGGUCCGAACGCAAUUUCUAGGUCUAAUUCUCAAGUCGCCAUAACCUCAUGGACUUUAUCCACGGGUUCCAACGCUCUCUGGGUGGGAGGCCCAAUGAACGACACUUCGGGCGACGAGAGAGGAGGCUACGCUUUCCAUGAGACUUCCAGCGCCCCUGGUCAACAGGCUCAAAUCGCAGUUAUGGAGUCCAACGUGCAAGCUCCGACGGGAGCGUCAGGAAAAUGUUUGAAAUUCUGGUAUUCUGUGGAUGGUCUGAGCGCUACUGAACUGCGCGUCAAAGUGAAGGGAAUUGAUUCCGAAGACCUGAUCAACAUCUGGGAAACUCGAGACCAGACCAGAGGGGACUGGAAGGAGGCUCAAGCUCUCUACACCUUCACCGACAAUCAUACGCUGGUUGUCGAAGCCAUUCCAGCUUCUGAUGUUGACCCAUUCAAUAUUUUCCGUGGCCACAUUGCUAUAGACGACCUGGGUUUGAGACCAGGCCAGGAAUGCAUUGGUCUGUGUUCCUUCGAAGGAGGAAUGUGUGACUGGAACAACGCUCAGGGGGACGACUUCGAUUGGAAACUGAGCCGAGGAGCUCAGAAGCUCACAGGACCUCAGAGAGACCGGAGCAGCUCAAAGGGAAGUGGACUUGGAGGUGCUUUCGUCUACAUCGAUUCCUCCUACCCUCGAAGGCCGGAGGACUUCGCCCGUUUAGAGAGCAUUGAAUUCCAAGAAACUGAUCCUAACAAUCCUCCAUGCAUGAGAUUCUACACGUACAUGUCUGGGAAAGGAGUAGGGAUCCUCAGGGUGGUCCUUCAAGACGUCGUCACAAGGCAGGAGCGAGUUCUUUGGGCACUGGCAGGGAAUCAAGGGUCGCACUGGAUUUUGGCCCAGUUGCCUUUGUCCUCAAAUUCCCCCUUUAAAGUAAUAUACGAGGGCACCAUUGGCAUUCCGCGACUCGGCGAUAUUGCCGUAGACGACAUUACCAUUGUUUCUGGACCCUGUGCAACUUUACCUGCUGAAGCGUCACCCCCAACCUCCGGGGACUGCACCUUCGAGGAGGACACCUGCGGGUGGUCAAACCCCUCUCUCAGGCACAGACUGGAUGACGUUGACUUCUUAAGGGUCAGAGCGACAGAGUAUGUUUUCCCAGCUAACGAUCACACUACAGGAAACCAGCAAGGUUUCUACAUGGCACUAGAAAGUCCAGAAAAGAAGCUUGAGGGAGACAGAGCGUGGCUGAUCUCGCCAACGAUGAAGGGACAGCGACAAGUCAAAUGCCUUUCCUUCUGGUACUUGAUGUUCGAACCUCUGACUGACACGGUCGAACCCAACCUGGGUUCACUCAGCGCUUUUUUGAAGAGGGAAGACGACGCAGGCUCCAUCAUCCUUACCCCGAUUUGGGCACUCCAGAAUUUCCAGGGGUUAACCUGGUACUUUGGUCAAGCUCCCAUCAGGGCUGAUGGAGACUUCCAGGUCGUGUUUGAGGGCGUGUGGGGCUCUGACAAAAGCAGAGGAACCGUUGCCAUAGAUGACGUCAGCAUUUUUGAAGGAAACUGUCCCAGUAUACCUGACGCGGCUGUCGUGCGAGCGGGCGACUGCACAUUCACCAGAGGUUCCUGUGGCUGGAAGAACUUGACCUCCGACACCGACUUCUACUGGAGCAGCGCCUCUCCGCUAAGACGUCCCGUCAACAUGAAUGACCACACCUACGGAUCGCCUGUGGGCUACAUCUAUUUCGAUGUGUUCAACCUCAACUCCCGAUCGCAGAAACUGCAGCUGGUGUCGCCGGUGAUGGAGCCGUCUUUGGACAGGACCCCGUUCUGCUUCACCUUCUGGUUUGCGGGCUUCGGGGCGGACACGAACACGUCACUCAGCCUCUUCCAGAGACCAGCCAAAGAGGACAACAACAGGCUGAUCAACGAUCUGAACGAUGACAUACUUAUCUGGCGUCAUCAACCUAUGAGGGAGCGAGCCAGCGGCUGGCAGUUCGGACAGGUCCCACUAGUGUCGGGAACCAGAUUCCAAAUCGUAAUUGAAGGAAUGUCCUAUAACGGCGGUUUCACACUGGAUGACUUCAAAGUUUACAACGGAGGUUGUGCCAAGCGCCCAAGGGAUCCGAUUUUCAACAACAGAAUCUGAAGUAGGGCUGCGCUCCACUCGUGUAAUUACUCUCCACACAAACACACCAUUGUAAAAAAAAGGAUUUACACUUAAAAUAGAUGUCUUCUAAGCAUAUUCUGUCCUCGUGGAAUAUCCGAGCGUGUAAUACAACUGGAUAUGUCGCCAACACUUUUAAAUUUAAAACGUCUAGUUCUGCUACAUCAAGGAUUUAGGGACCCUAGUUCUGACUGCAUAGAAUUGAACAGAAUGUUGUGAUUUAUAAAUUUUUUUUAUUUAUUUAUUUUCAUUUUUAGUUAACAGUCGAUAUCAUUUAAGACAGAGGUUUCAGUGAUAAUUAAUCAGCUCUCAAAUAAACAAAGCUUAGUAUUCUACAGUAAUCCAAAGAGGCAAGUUCUUUUUAUUGAAUAAGUUCAUUCCUCUCAGGGCAUACUUGGUUCGGUGACUCUCUCUCUCUCUCUCUCUCUCUCUUUCUCUCUCUCCCUCUCUCCAUUUUCGCUGAUUCCAGACUUCUAUUUCAAGAGGCUGAUAUUUCAUGAUUUUUUGAAUUCAGGCUCCACUUUUCUCCUUUUUUCCUUCAUUCCUGGGCUGUAUAGUGCACAAAUGUUCUUCAAAAAGAUUUUUGCAGCCGUUUCACGACUCCAUCAUUUUUAUUGUUUCUGAAAGAAAGCCUAAAGAAACAAUAAAUUAUUUCUCUUUGCUUUUUUGGCUUUCACCUGACAUUGAGAAGCUUCAGUUCAUACAUAAACUGAAUUCUCAUUUUGCUGAUAUCAAAUUAAUUUACAGGAAAAUCGCUCGAAUAUUUCGAUUCAAGCGGAUCUGAUUAAUAGCCACCGGCAAAACGCCUAAUUGGAAUUGAUGUAAAAAUUUUUUGUGGAUGUUCAUCUAAGGAGACGAUAAGCUUUUGUCACCAGUUUCUUAACUGUACUUGUCAGUUGGUCGUUUCUGACAACGCAAAUAAGGCAUUACUUUGAACAGAUGGAAAUAACAAUGCAAGGAGCCAGCCGACAAUAACAAAAGAAAGUAAUAAUAGUUUCACGGUAAACGAUGGUGCUGGAAUUAUUUGGUUAGUGAAUUACUCUGUACAUGGCAUACUGUCCCGAAGUUCUCCUUGCUUGUCUUAUUGAUGUCUUUUGUUUGUUUUAUGAAGCCGGAUCUAUAAGAAAAAAAACUUUCUUUACCUUGUAAACCCUUGCAUAUUCUUUUAAGUGAUGUCUUUCUAUAUACUCUUAAGUUAAAAACUCAGGAUUUCAUCACAGUCCCUUGGGUAGCAAUAAUAAACCAGAUUUUUCUGGAAAGGGGCUGACUAUCAACCAAUCAAGAAAAUCUUUAGCUGUGACUGGCUCGGGUCCCCUGUGUGUCUAGACUCUUGUCUCUGAAUAGAAUAUUAAAGUUCGUGCUACCAGAAAAAAGAAGUUUUGUUAAGAAACAUGAAUUCUUUGGUCACGCAUGCAAAAAAACAAACGGAUGUCCUUUUAUCAUACAGAUAUAAUAUUUCUUAUGUGUUUGUAGAUAUUCCAUGCAGUACUUCCCAAUUCUUAUGACUGUAUAUUUUAAGUUAAUCUUUAUUAUGUCUGUAACAUAGCGAUUAACAACUUUAUAAAAUUUGUGUAAAUGUUACAAUACA